CCUAUACCCGCUAUUCUCAAGUGUGACCACCCUGGCUGCACCGCUCCGCCAUUUCAAACUCAGUACCUUUUAAAUUCACAUGUCAUCGUUCACGCCCAAAGCCGACCGCAUUACUGCCCAGUAGCUGGUUGCCCACGGGCAGAAGGAGGAAGAGGGUUCAAAAGAAAAAAUGAAAUGAUCCGGCACGGACUUAUACAUUCCAGUCCUGGAUACAUUUGCCCAUUCUGCCCAGACAGAGAGCACAAGUACCCUCGGCCAGAUAAUCUACAAAGGCAUGUGCGAGUCCACCACACCGAUAAGAGAAGUGAUGAUCCGCAGUUACGCGAAGUACUAUCGCAGCGUCCAAUUAGUGGCUCCCGGGGAGUGAGACGUCGCGCCAGAGACGUUACUAGGGAGAGUAAUUAG